AUGGCUUCUACUCUGAACACGUCAAAUUCUGCAAAUAGAGACAGCUUACUUGGCCCUGAGAUGAAGCAUGUUGAUGCAAUGAGCAGAAUAAGUGGCCUCGAUAACCAUGGUGUCGUUGGUCUUCAACGACAAGUCAUGAAAGAACAAGAUGAGGGUCUUGAGAAAUUGGAGGAGACCGUGAUCAGCACCAAACACAUUGCACUGGCAAUUGGGUACGAGAUGGUACCGGCGAUUCCGACACAACAAAACACACCUCAAGAAGAAGGAAGCAGGUUGCCGGCGACAACAACAGGUGCUCCAGCAGGCGAGCAGGUUGUGACGCUCGCCAAGGAUGAGCUCAACCGGAUGAUCGCAGAAGAUGUUGCAGACAGGUUCGUUCAACCGCAGGUGUUGAGUGCAGUGAACCUCAUUGUACCGAAAAGGAAAAAGUGUUGA